GGGAAGAGGAGAAUUCUGCAACCUCAGGAUCUUCCCAUCAGUUUUAUGAAAAGUUCUUUGGCUUGUGGUUCUAAAGAAACAAACUUUAUCAGUAGUAGAGAGAAAAAAUGAAUGCUAAAGUACAAGACUCUGACGAUACCAAAAAGGGUGAAGAAGUUGUGCUUCCUGGCUUUAGAUUCCACCCUACAGAUGAAGAACUUGUUGGGUUUUAUCUCCAUAGAAAGGUGGAAAAGAAGCCUCUCAAAAUUGAACUCAUCAAACAGGUUGAUAUCUACAAAUAUGAUCCAUGGGAUCUUCCAAAGGUGAAUUCAUUUGGGGACAAAGAAUGGUAUUUUUUCUGCAUAAGAGGGAGGAAGUACAGGAACAGUGUGAGGCCAAACAGGGUAACUAGGUCAGGGUUUUGGAAAGCCACAGGAAUAGACAAGUCGAUAUACUGCGUGAAGGAACCCCAUGACUGCAUUGGCCUGAAGAAGUCUUUGGUGUACUAUCGUGGAAGUGCUGGAAAAGGCACCAAAACUGAUUGGAUGAUGCAUGAGUUUCGCCUUCCACCCAAUGCUAAAUCCUCCGCCAACAUUGCUAAUACUACCAAUAACCUUCAUGAAGCUGAGGUGUGGACACUGUGCAGGAUCUUCAAACGCAUCCCAUCUUUCAAAAAGUACAGUCCAAAUUUGAAAGACACGACAGCCCUGACGAAAUCGAACACUGUGAAUUCGAACACAAGCACCUUAGAUUCUGAGAACUGCAAGCCAUAUUUGAUCUGCAGAGACCCUGAUAUGAUGCAACAACUAAAGCCAGUAUUUGGACAGGUUGAUGAAAAGAAACACUUGUUUCUUGGGCAGUUUGGGCAACUACCCCAUCUUCAACCACCAUCAACCCCUUACCCAACUUUUUGGAAUCACAAUGUUGAAGACUAUGCAUUUGCCAAUGAAAAUUGGGAUGAUCUCAGAUCUGUCGUUCAGUUUGCCAUUGAUCCUUCCUCGGUCUUUGAUUGUACAGAAACACAUUUUCCACCCUACUUUUCUUAGCUUCGACUCAGUCAUUACGACUUUCGUAGAUAUCUUCUAUAUAUAUAUAAACACAUGUAUGUUGUUGAACUUUGCUGGUUUUACUGUGUUUUGUUGUAAAACCUAUUUGACUUGUACCUUGUGAAUUAUAUACUCUUUACAUUGAUUGAGCUAA